GUUUGUCGGCUGAAUGAGCGACACCGGUUGAGCAUUUCCUCCCAGAAGCCAUGAGAAAAUUGUCAGGCUGCGGGGACCGUGCGAGGGGAUUUUUACCACUAUCUGUACUUAUUGGUGGCAGACACGGUUUAAUCCUUUCCUACACGUAAAUUACUCUUGCCUAACGAUUGCAUCUGAAGCUGGACAUGCAGCACGGCUAUCCCCGCCAUAAGGUGAUCGUUAUCCUGUAUAUUAAGAGUACAGCGACUGCAAUUAGAAGGCAUAAUGUUACUACAUAGCUUCGGCUGGUGGAGGUCGUGUAGAACACAUGUCCGGGGUGAAAAAAGUCGAGCGAGGGGGAAAUAUAAAACAGUCAUUAAAAAGUAAAAACCGUGAAGUUGGCAGGCAACAAACCACACCGCACGUAAAGAAGUCUACAACUUGUGACCGGAAAUGACGCUGAUGUAGCUUACUCGUUACGAAGCCUGAGGAAUCAACUUAAAAAAAAUAAAAAAUCAUAACAGAUCAACAACUUACAACUUUGCUACAUCAUACAAAACGCAGGUAUUAACAAAAAAAUACUGAAACAUACAACAAAUCAAUGACAUAAUAAAAUAUAAAUAAUUCUAGUGCAAUUGUAAUCACUGAACAAAUCUCAUAAUGAUUCAUAAAUGUUAUUCUUGUUAUUCACUAGGGUUAAUGUUUUAAUAAGUUACAUUCAAUCAAAUGUGUAAUUUUGGAAUUUGUGUAUAGUAUUUGGCAACAAGAAUAAAUAAAAAAAACAAUAAUUUCAAUGGUCUUGUUAUCAUUGCAAUAGUAACAUUAUUAUAUCCUUUACGUCAAAAACAUGGGUAGUGUUCAUAAUGGUAAAGUGUUCUGCAAGGUUUUCCCAAAAUUCUGACACAAAUUUACAUUCAAAGAACAAGUGAGACAGAUUCUCACCUUUUUCACAGAAAAUGCAGAUAUCAUCCAUCAAUAGCCACAUUUGGAUAACACAAAAUAUAUCCAUGUAUUCUAUGUCAAAUGAAAGUGCACUUCCUUAAAUUUGUUUGGUAUACACUAUUUGUAAGGCCUUAACCAUGGUUUUUUUUCUCCCAUCCCAGACAAUGUCAGGAAUAAACAUGUUCCAGAAAUAUUCCUCUCUGUGUAACUUGGUUUUGUGAAUGGAGAAUUUGUCUUAUAUAUUUAUUACAACAAGAUCUCAAGUAAACCCACGCCAAUCUGAGUUCUGGAUAAACUGUGUGAGCAUUACCAAAGCUAAGAUGAGUUUUCAUUAGUGUAGUUAGACCACUGGUAACGGCUUUGAUCACAGAAAUAAUCUCUGAAAGGUAUUGGAAACUGUUUCAAUGUUAUAAAUUGUUCAUAUGUAAGAAUAUUACCCGUUGUCAAACAUCAAGAACAAAGUCAAUAUUCCUCUCAUGCCAGCUGGGGUAGAACAAUGAUUUAUUCCUUACAGUUAUGUCUGAAUUAUUUCACAAAAGAGCUUUGUGGGGAAAAAUUGUGCAGGAAACAUUUCAGGCCAUUAAAGCUUGUUGGUGAAACCUAGCCAAUUUGGCGGGUGAUCUUUUAGGAAUAUAAUUACGUUUCAGUAAAAAUGUAAGACCUCCCAACUUAUUAAACACAUUUGGAAUGAAAUACCAUAUUGAAUCAGUAUUGAUCAAACAUCUCUUCAACCAGUUAAUCUUGAUAGUAUUAUGUCAAAAUCCAACACUUCCAGACUGCCUUCAGCUCUUUUAUUAGAGGACUGACGGUUUUUAGUUUGACUUAUUUUUCCAGAUGAAGUCAAGAAAGGUCUUUUUGAUCUCUUUACAAGUAGAAGGAUUUACACAUAAAGACAAUGAGGGGUACACAAAACGAGACAGCCCUUCUGCCUUGGACAGAAGUACUCUCCCAAGUAUAGAAAGAUCUCUUUGUAGCCAAUUAUGAAAUAUAUUCUUAAUUUUAGGAGAAAUUCAAAUGUCUGACUACGUGGUGUUUUGACAGAUGUAUUCCUAAAUAUUUAACACAGUCCUUUACAGGAAUAUUUUCUAUUUCUUUAUCAGAGUCAAAUAAAUUUAAGAUUUCACAUUUUAGAAACAUUCAGUUUUAAUCCUGAUGCAAUAGAAAAUUAUAUUUUAGCAUUAAGGGCAUGGGCGACCUGGUCUUUGUCUCUUUAAAAAAAAGAGUAGUAUCAUCAGCCAGUUGGGAAAUUUGGAUUUCUUUGUUAAAUGGUUAAGCCGUACAGAUUUGCAUUAUUCAGAAUAUCUAGAGAUAGAAGUUCAACAACCAAAAUUACUAUAAAUGGCGAAAUUGGGCAUCCCUGUCGUACACUUCUGUUGAUACUGAAUCUUUUGGACGUAUUAAGGUUUAACACAGAACUAUUUUAUAUCUUUGUAAAACAUGCGAAUGACUUCGACAUAAUUUUCACAGAAUCCAAAAAGUUUAAGUGACCUAAAGAGAUUCAUCUUCAAUUGUGUCAAAGGCUUUACAGAAGUCCAGAAAUAAGACAAAUGCAUCUGAGUCCAUUGCAUCUUAAUAAUCUGGCCCUUCAUAAAUCCUGUUUGAGUCUCAUUUAUAAUGGUAUCUAUUCCUUUUAAUAUUUUUAAAUAAACCAGAGCAAUCAAUUAGUAAUCAGUAUUUAAUAAAGUAAUUGGUCUCCAAUUGUCAAUGAGAGAAGGGUCUUUAUCGGGCUUCGGAAUCAGUGAAAUAAAGGCCCUGUUUCAUAGUGGAGACCAUUUCACCAUUUCUAAUGCAAUCUUGAAACAUGUUAAAAAUAGGGUCUUCUAGUAACUCAAACUGUCUACAGAAUUCAACUGACAGGUCAUCCAGGCCAGGUGAUUUCCCUUUUUUCAUUGACACAGGUGAAUCGCAAACUGAGUGGAAAUCAUCCUCAAUUACAGGGACAUUAAUUCUGAAUGUGGCAGAUGUAGCUUUCCCAACCAUCUUCCUGAAAUUGUGAGUUGAAGGUUUCACAAAAAUAAUUUACAAAUGUUAUUGUAAUGGGAUCUUUGCAUAAAACAUUAAUUUAGAGUGCAGUUAUAGAUUUUUUUGUAGUUUCUCUUUUCAAGUGCAAAAAAAUGUCACUAGUGUUUCUUUCCCACUCUUCAAUCCAUUUUGCUCUUGACUUUACAAAGGCACCCUUUGCCAGGUCCGUGUAAAGUUGUUCUAAUUCUAGUUGUAAAAACUUAAAUACAGACUCUUCAACUUGAGUUUUCUAAAGAAAGGUAAUCUGUCAAGCUUGCUCAUCAACUCCUUUUCUCUAAGGUUCUUUAAGUGCAUCAGCUCUUUGGCACGUUUAAUGGCUACAACUCUGACUUUAUAUUUGAAAAAUUGCCAAAUACUUCCAUGACCCAAGACUUUACUUGCAAAACAAUUUGAUGUUUCCAAUGAGAGUAGGAUCUUUAAGUGUGUUUAAUAGCUUGCAAAUGUUUUAGUAGCUUGCAAAUUCAGGGAAAUCAAGUGAUCAGAAAAGGGAGCCAACUGAUGAUCUACAUCUAUAACAAAAUGGGAGAAAUUAGGAAUAAUCUAUUCUAGAUUUACGUGACAUAGUUUUGUUGGUCCAGGUAUAACCCUUUGUAUCCGGAUUGAAAUAAUGCCAGGCAUCAUCAACAGAGAUCCUUGCAUAAUGUAGUGAUGAUAUUGCAAUUUUGAAGGCUUUGACUUGUUCUAGGAGGAAAACGAUCAACAGAUGCAUCAGGUGUUUAAUUAAAAUCCCUUGAAAUAAUUAGAAUAAUUAGAAAAUAAUGCGUAAAUCCUGUACUUUUCUGGUAAAUUGGGUAAAAAGGGUCUUAUUAGGAACAUGUGAGUUAUGUCCAUAUACAUUACAGAUGAUGAAAAUAACAUUGUCAAGUUUAACAGUUACUAUGACCCAUCUCCCAUCCUGUGAAGAUGUGGAUUCUAGAAUGUCACCUUUAAACUUGUGAAUGUGUCAGUGUCAAAACACCAGACUGAUUUGAUCCAUGACUGAAAUAGACCAUAUCUCCCCAUUGUGAUUUCCAAAAUUUCAAAUCACUUUCACCCGAAAUGAGUUUCCUGCGUUUACAGUAUAAAAAUAAGGCUUUCCUUUUUGUAAGAUCUCUCAAACCCCUAGCAUUCAGACUAAGGAUAUUGAGUGAGUUGAAAACUACCUCCUGCAUUUAAAAAAAUAAAUACAAAAAUAACAAAUUAGAUAACAGAAGUGGUAAUAUGAACAAUAAAACAGUGAACCUUGAGAGGGAUUACUCCGACGGAAAAUUACGCUCAACUGAGGUAGCGGUGGUUAACAGGAAAAAUAUGUUAAUUUCCUUUUCUUUUUUUGGCAAGUGUUCAUAGGUUAACUUAGUUCAAGCGGUACAUUUACUCAUGGCAGUACAUUAACUGUACUCACAGUUCCAGUUCGGUUAAUGUCAACAGAGUUACCCAGUAAUCAUUCUUUUUUCGAUAAAUGCGUGUGGGCCCUUGAACCCAGCCUUCUUUUCCUCUUGUCGUGCCUUGCCUUUUGUAUAAGCGGCCACACUUUCUCCCUGGCAGCCUGAUCCUGCGGUAUCAGAGCCUCUUUGAUGCGGAGCUUCUUCUCGUCCAGAAACGUGUUCCCCUUGGUCAUUUUCCAGAUUAUGUCUCUGUAAUGGCGCAUAGUUAAGCGCAAAAUGAUAUUGCGAGGGGGUCCAUCAUACCUUCGUUUCCCAAGUCGAUCACGUCUCUUAGCUUGUCUUUGAUGCACGGAGUCACCUUUCCCAGGAUAUUAAUGACUGCUUCCCUAAUAUUCCUCUACCUCUUUUACACCUUGUAUUUUCAGAUUCCACCUGCGAGAGUACCUUUGAAGUUUAGCUACAUUCUCACAGCUCAUUAUUUGGGGGUUGCAAGUUUCUAAAACUCAUUCUCUUAGGAACGUUAUAUUUUCCUCGUUUUCGCUCACAAUUUUGUGAAACUGACUGACAGUUACUGACAAAUGAUCGAUCUUCUUUGAUGUUUCUUCGGUGGCCCGCUCUGAUGGACUCACUGGAGAACGUGGCGUCUUGUUUAGUGGACAGGGACUGGAUUGCAGAGAAAAGUUCAGACAUGGAACUGUCUUACUUUUUUCACCGGUGGAUUUUUAACUGGAGUCUGAGGUGAAAAGGUCGCAGGAAUUUCAUCCUGGUCUGUUUUGUUCUUUCUCUUGCUUGAGCUCGCAGCAUCUUGUGUAUCCAAGAUGCUGUGUGUCUUCUGUGAGGCUUGGAUAUUCCGUUUAUUAUUGUCUUUCUGUCGUGUUCUUCCAACUCAACUUGACAAAAACGAAAUCUAAACUUAUCCUAUGCCGCUAAAACAAGUUGUAGUUAGUUUCUUUCAACAGUGAUAACCAAUGAAAGACUGUUAACCACCUAACCCUCAAUGUUGCUUUGACAAGCGAGAGAACACGCCCUCAGAGCGACGCCAUCUUGGACAUCCUGAGGAAUCUACUUCCAGACUGCGGUCUGUUCAUCUCAAUACUUCAAAACUCCUAAACACGUCACAAAUCUGGUACCUGGGUCUUUCCAGUGAGUUGGGGGAAGAAUGAGGAACCAUGGCACAGUUUGAAAGCCUGAUAUGGACUAUAACUAUUAUAUUGGUGCUUGAAAGCAUCGGAUCCUGUAUUGCAUGUGGUAGAGCUGAGUACAGAAUAAGGGAUGAAUGUUGUCCCAUGUGUUCACCAGGAAAUCGUGUACAUAGGCAUUGUACUGAAUUCACCAGUACCAGCUGUGUGCCCUGUGUUGAUUCUACUUUCCUUGAUGAGCCCAAUGAUCUCAUAAAAUGCAAAGUGUGUACCAACUGUGAUCCAGGUUUGGGUUUGAAGGUAAAGCAGCCAUGUAGACCUUCAUCAGACACUGUCUGUGGGACACUGGAGGGGUUCUACUGUCUAGACCCAACUAAGGAUGGUUGUAGAGCAGCCCAGAGACACAGCAGCUGUGAACCUGGUCAAUACAUCAGCCACACAGGAACAACAUCUACAGAUACUGUGUGUGCUGACUGCCCUGGUAAAACUUAUUCAGAUGGAUCAUUAACAUCUUGUCAACCACAUACAGAAUGUGAAUUCUUGGAAAUUGAACCAGGAACUCCUUGGUCGGAUUCAGAAUGUGGAGUAUCCUCACUUCCCACAGCUGGAAUCAUAGCUGGUGUUCUGAUAGGUGUUCUAUUUUUCCUGACCAUAGCUGGUGUUUGUUUAUUUAUGAGAAGAAGAAAAAACUUAGGACCUGAGCCCUAGGACCAUGCCCCAGGACUACCUGACAUGAUGACUCCUU